AUGGCAAGGGUUCAACCCCCCCCUUUUUUGUCCUGGCAGGUGGAUAUUGAGCAGGGGGAUCCCCGCGGCCGAACGCCCUUGCACCUGGCCACCACCCUGGGCCAUCUGGAGUGUGCACGAGUUCUGUUGCGCCACGGCGCUGACGUGGCCAAAGAAAAUCGGAGCGGCUGGACAGUGUUGCAGGAGGCGGUGAGCACUCAGGAUCUGGAGCUCGUCCAGCUGGUGCUGCGCUAUCGUGACUACCAGCGAGCGGUCAAGCGCUUGGCCGGGAUCCCCAUCCUGUUAGAAAAGCUGCGGAAGGCUCAAGAUUUCUAUGUGGAGAUGAAAUGGGAAUUUACUAGUUGGGUUCCCCUGGUCUCCAAGAUCUGCCCCAGCGACACAUACAAGGUGUGGAAGUGUGGCCAGAACCUGCGGGUGGACACGACGUUGCUGGGGUUUGACCACAUGACGUGGCAGCGUGGGAACCACAGCUUCAUCUUCCGGGGACAAGAUACAAGCGCGGUGGUCAUGGAGGUGGAUCACAACCGGCGGGUGGUUUACUCUGAAACGCUUGCGCUGGCUUCCCACGACCAAGAGGCCAUCCUCGCGGCGAUGCAGCCCACCGAGGAGCAGGUGAUGGGGCGCCUGAUGGCCCCCGUGGUCGCCACGCAUCUGGACACGCGCAAUAUUGCCUUCGAGAGGAACAAGACGGGCAUUUUAGGCUGGAGGAGCGAAAAGACCGAGUUGGUGAACGGGUACGAAGCCAAGGUUUACGGGGCGUCCAACGUAGAACUCGUCACCCGGACGCGGACGGACCACCUUUCAGAACAGCACAAAGGGAAAACCAAAGGUGGUAAAACCCCACUGCAGUCCUUCCUGGGCAUCGCCGAACAACACGUGGGUCCCAACAACGGGGCCCUCAUCACGCAGACGCUGAGUCACGCCAACCCCACGGCCAUCACGCCGGAGGAAUACUUCAACCCCAGUUUUGAGCUGGGGACCCGGGAUAUGGGGCGGCCGAUCGAGCUCACCACCAAGACCCAGAAGUUCAAGGCCAAGCUGUGGCUGUGUGAAGACCACCCCUUGUCGCUGGCUGAGCAGGUGGCCCCCAUCAUCGACCUGAUGGCCGUCAGCAACGCCCUCUUUGCCAAGCUCCGAGAUUUCAUCACGCUGCGCCUGCCGCCCGGCUUCCCCGUCAAGAUCGAAAUCCCCAUCUUCCACAUCCUCAACGCCCGCAUCACCUUUGGGAACCUCAACGGCUGCGAGGAGCCGGUGGUCUCUCUCCGUGGCACGGGCAGCCCCAGCAGCGAUGCCCCCUCGCCAGGGAGUGACCGUUCCAGCAUCAGCAGUUCCAGCUCCCUUGGCUCCUGCCGCUGCUUCGAGAUGGCCCCCUCCCGCUUUGAGGCCCCCCAGGGCUACAGCGUCGUCGGGAGGCACCCGGAGCCGCUGCGGGAAGACGAGGAUGACCUCCUGCAGUUCGCCAUCCAGCAGAGCUUGCUAGAGGCGGGGAGCGAAUAUGACCAGGUGACCAUUUGGGAAGCCCUGACCAACAGCAAACCAGGCACACUGCCCAUGUCCCAGGAAGGGCGCAGGGUCAACAGGCGCCUGGCCAUGGAGCUCUCCGCCAAGGAGCAGGAGGAGGCCGAGCAGCGCUCCCGCCAGGAGCAGGAGGAGCUGGAGCGGAUCCUGCGCCUCUCCCUCACCGAACAAUAGGGGCACCCCCAGGGGGCUGGGGGAGACUCACGCACAGCCCCAGCCAGCCUCUGGAGGCCACCAGCCAGCGCAAACAGACUGUGUGCCUUUCCCACCCUGGCCCGACUCAUGCACAAAACCUGGGCACAAGCAGGACGAACGGGCAAGGGGCGGGGACACAGCCAGGGAGGGGAGGCUGGCAGGGGCUCCGAACACCUUCCCCCUCCCACCCCUGAGCCAUUUAACGUGACCCUCCAAUGGGAGGUGGGGGGUCUUAAUCGGCCCGAGGUUGGCAUCUUCCUGGCCCAGCCUUCCUAUCGCCUGUGGCAGAUUGCAGCAAAGGGGGCUCCCUUCCUUUCCCUUCCCCCUUCUUCUGGCCUUGGGGCAAGCGGCUGGGGGCUGCAAGGCUCCGAUUCCAUCCACUGGGCACUGGGCAUCUUGGCCAGGUCUCCCCCAUUGGGGUGCAAAAACCCAGAUGGCCACCAGAGGGAGCAAAACUCUCAGUUGGGCCGCCCUCUAAUGGACGUCUUUGUUUUUGCAGCCCCAGUCCGGGAGCCCCGAUUCUGAACCUUGACGCAGCUGCAGGGCGGCGGGAAGCUCAAGAGGAGCUGACUUUGGGACGGGGGGCAAAUUUUCAGCCUUAACGCUAAUCGCUGUUGGGCCUGUGUAGGUGGAAGGGAAGAUACUGGAGCAAAUCCCCUGGCGGGUGGGAAAUGGUGCAGGAGGUGGGCUUAGACCCCCUUCCCCCAGGCCACACUCGCCCCAGUCGCCAAGAAUUUCUUUCUAACUAGACGCCAGAAUCCGGCAUCCCGUCCCGUUCAGCCCUCUGCUUUCAUUUUCAAGCUGCGUGCCAAAUCCCACAAGGUGGGACCGUCGAUGCCUACAGGGAAAAUUCACCAUUCCGUGCUGCAGAGAACCCGGAUCGGUUAUGCAAAGUUAGAACCGUGGCGUGAUUUCUUUGCCGUUCGUUAACGCAGAACUUAGUCUGCCUUUGUGCUGCACCCCCAAAGGCCCCUCUCGUUCACCUGAAUGGGCCUGGCACGUUUGGGCUGCGAGUUCAGUGUUUUCUGCACCUCUGUGCUGACGUCGGUAGGGACCCUGCACAUGAUAAACCUAACUUUUAGGGUUACGGGGACGUAACGUUCUCUCUCCCCCCCAUCCUGCUAAUUCCAGCAACCUCCCCAUUCCCCAAACCUAUCAGCUGCCCAUGAAUAAAAGGGGAGGGGGGCUGGGGGCAAUGAGAGGCCAGGGCAGGUCCAGGAAGUGGGCAUCAAUUCUGGGUUAAUUCGGAGAGGGGUGAAGGAGGUGGUAGGUAAUGCUGGAUAAUUUUUGAUUGCAUUCGGUUGGCAGUAGUGAAUUCAGGAAAUGCAAAGUCCAGAAAAGGGAACAGGAGCUUCGUUAAUCCUGGGUUAAUUUAACGGGGAGCUGGGAGGGUGAAUCAGAAGCGUAGUUAAUUCUAGAUUCAGGGAUGUCUGUGAGCACAUGAAGGGGGUGGGGCUUGGUGCGAUCAUGACCGCCAUCUUGACUUUUUUGACACACACCCUGCCUAGGUUAAAUUAAGAUGUUCCAAGGAGCCAACCGUUACUUCUGUAUUUGUUCAACACAAAACAGGGAGCAGAGAAAGGUAACCCUGGUACGCUUGAGGAGCGAUCAGGCCAUGGUUGCCCCACGGCAGUGUGUCCCCCCACCCCAGUUCUGCACCAGUAGCACCAAGUGCACUUAACCCCGCCCCCUGCCCCCCAAACAGGUCUCCACCUGCCUUCUGGGGCUUCCGGGUCUCCUUGUGGCUGGUCCCCCUCCGCCUGACCCCGGCGUGUGGCUUGCAGGCUUGCAGGGCAGCAGGGCCGUUCGUACGGUACCCAAGGGUGGCGUGGGGGGGAUUUGGGCGCAAGCGGAGGCAGGGCAUGGCCACUCCAGCGCCAGCAGGGGGGCAGGCAAAGUGGGAGGGAGAGGAAUGGCUUGGUGGCCAGCCCUGCACCCCCAUUUCUCCACCGCCCUCCCCAAAAUCUGGUCUUGGACGCUUCUGUUUCUGACCUUGCAGUGGCCCUGGUGGGGCUCUGGGGAGGGCGGGCUGCUGAGGAUUUCCUCUGCUUCCAGUUUUGCCCCCCCAUUUCCAAGGAAGACCCCCAUUGACGGUGCCCCCUCCAAGGUCAUUACAAUCCUGUUGUUCCAUGGUGCUAACUUCUGGGGGGAGGAGACCCCUUUCCCCCAAGGCCCCUGCUGGGAUACGGGUGGGGGUGGGGAGGCGGGGCAGCAGCCUCUGCGCCCCCUCCUCCUUUCCCCCCCAGGUAAGCCAGUGGCGGCCCUGUGUCUUGUACCAGUUAUGGGCGGGGGGGGGCAGGGAGGCUAAGGUCAAACCACAGCAAUUACAAGAAAGGGGGGCUCUUAGCUGCCCCACGCGUCAAGGGAAGCCUACGGAGAUGCACAACCAGUUGGGUCAGGUGUGUUUACCUGCACAGACACCAAUAAAGAACCUUAACAACCCUC